CGUGUCGUUGUUGAGCAGGGGGUGCUUCACGCGGGACGCAUGGGUGGCAAGUGGUAUGGCAGCGAUGACGUUAUCGACUCGUGGUUAGAACCUUCCCUGGACACAAUCUUCGGCCCACCGGUGGAAGAGGUGGGGGGUACGCAGAACGUAUUCAAGACGGAGAAGGGAGCGUCCCGCACCGUUUUCCAUGACGGAGAUCGGGUGCAAAAUGACGUCACCUGACACAGACUACGUCUGCUACCAUGCACCCAUACCGCGAGUGGAUACAUAACAGGGCGCCCACUGGGGGGUGGGGGGGGGUCCACUGAAUGGGGGGCAUGCCCCGUAAACCCCACAGGAGAUUUUCGAAGGCACAAUGACGAACGGGUUGCCAGAAGAGGCGCCGAUGACAUAGUUCAUCGUAGCAGUGUUUCCUGAUUCCAGGAGGGGGGAGGUGUUGGUGAAGGAUGACCAUGAGGGUACGGACGGCGUUUCGUGGCACCCAGUCACCACGGAUGCCAUCAUGUCGAAUGGAAAAGCUUUGCUCGUUGAGGAGGUACCCGACAGCUCGAAACGGCAAGAUGUACGUAGUGGUCCACAUGUGGGUGACUUCAUUUUGGCGCGUUGGUGGCACGCUCAUAUAUUUUCUGGCACUGAGGGUGCCAAACCUCCCAGAACAGGGCAGGUAGUGUCGGAGGGCAUCCGGAAGGCGUAUGAUUACGAUGCGUAGCUCGCAAGUUUGUACAGAUGUAUGAAAGAUAUGCUGGGAGCGGGGGUAACGAGGAGGACUAGCACCUCAAGCGAUUCAUGGGUGGGCAGUAAUAUGACCGGGUUGGGUUUUGAGAAGGAUUGGAAAGGGGUGAGCGUGAAGCGCUGAGUCCGAGGGGUUCAUGGGUGGGAUGUUGCUUGUGAAUAUUUGCCGCAGGUGGUGUGACGUUGGUCGUUGCAAUGGAUGGAAUGACCUUGCCGUACAAUCGGUGUCCAGCGAGAACUCGUGAAGACUAAGUAGACUAUGUGUAAAGAUUAAACUAUUGCCAAUAGGUACGGACGGUUUGGUAGACUUGGCCUCAAAAUCUCUAUAAUGUAACAACCUGCCAAAGCGAAAGAAAAGGUGCUCAAAGCCA